UGAUACGAUAGCUUCUCAAGUGGACAUCUACAGGGAGACCACCACAGGGAGACCACCUGCUUUUGUGGUGUAAAGCGUGGAUCAUCAGGCUCAUAGUGCUUCUUGACGUCGCAAGCCCUACUCAACACGUUAUGGCUGCCGUGCCUCCGGUUGCGAACCCACUGGGCCCGCCCAAACGACAUCGAGGCAAUAGAUUGGGAGAGAGACGAUUACAGCGAGAUGGGAGUUCGCGAGAUGCGAGUGAAGAGGACAACGACGAAGCCGCGUCAGACGUCGGAUCACUCAUGUCUAUCCCUGCACCUCCUGAAGGAAAUUCAACGACGGCUCCAGGGACACUUCCCUCGUCAUCAGCAUCGCCUCGACCUGGUCCUCCUCAAGCUUUACCCAUACCCAUUCAACUGAUGAAUCAAGGUCAAGCAUCUCAUUCUCAUAGUGCUCGUCGUGGUUCUGCUCCACAUGCGAUCGCUCGAAGAGUCGAAGAGGUAUCUGGGGAGGAGCUCAGUGGUCUGGACUCACCAACAUAUGACGGUGAUGUUGAAUCUGCCUCGACGGUAGGCGGAACACCUGUACACCAUUCUGUCCUCUCGAGUCACCAAUAUCAUCAUCAACGCCAGACCUCUUCCCCCAUCGCAGGCAUGCCCGCGGACGCACCCGGUCAAUCCACGUUAUCGCCGUACGGUCAAAAGGUGCCCACGCCUAAAGCUUCACGCGUGAAUCUAGUGGACGAACCAGAGUACACGGCAAUCGGAAUCGACUCAUUCGGUCGAAGUCCACCAUUCGUCCCUCCUUCCGACGUCCCUGUGGCUCGAUCCGACUCUCUCGCAGAAGCCACAAAAUCUCAAACAUUACCGCUCAGUCGUAAACCCUCUAGAUCGAUGGGACCUCCCAAGAUGAUGACGAGACCCAAAGAGCUGCCCAUAGAAGACAUCAGAGCUUUUGUCCAGCGGGCAAUCGAUGGCAAAGGAGAAGAGGAUGGCAUCCAGCGCUGGUGGAAAACAAAAGCGCCAGAGGAGGGACGUGUGGUCAGAGUUUACGCAGAUGGCGUGUAUGACCUGUUCCAUUUUGGUCACGCACUCCAACUCCGACAGUGUAAAUUGUCUUUUCCCCGCGUCCAUCUCCUCGUCGGAGUCUGCUCCGACGAUCUCUGCGCGACGCACAAAUCAGCGCCUGUCAUGACUCACGCUGAACGAUGUGAAGCCAUCCGACACUGUCGAUGGGCGGACGAAGUCUUACCGGAUGCUCCUUGGGUCGUCACUCAAGAAUGGAUGGACAAACAUCAGAUUGAUUAUAUUGCGCACGAUGAGGAAUUAUACCCGAGUAAAGACUACGAUGAUGUUUAUGAAUUCGCCAAGGAGCAGGGCGCAUUCGUCCCCACUCGCAGGACGCCCGCCAUAUCCACCUCUGACCUCCUGGAACGUAUCGUUAGAGGGUACAGGGAUGGCUUUUUUGAUUCCAAGUUGGAAAAGAAUGGAUUGUCAGAACUCAUGGCCUCGGACGUCGAUUGGGAUAGCAGUCCAAGCCGGAGUAGAGCCCAGUCGAAAGAAGGAAGAAAAAGGGACCUUUUGGAGAUCGCAACGACCCAUGCGGCGAUAGAGCAGCUAUGAUCGAGGGGAGUGGCCAAACAGCCCUCGGUUCGAUAAUUUGAAGGCAGACUGACGCAGUGGGGACCCAAGUGUAACAGUAGACGCACUGCACAGGAUAUUUCUGUGCCGAAAUGCAACAUGAUAGAUACAUG